UAAAAAACUGCCGAAACCCUGCUGCCAAACAGCUCCAAAAACAGCAUUCGAAGAUUCGUCAAUUUGAAAAAAGAGAGAUCUCAAAAGCAGAAUCGUGAAGAGCUCACGAUCCCGUCAGUUGGGUGAAGUCAAGUGGGUACGUUUCAGGAGUGAUUGAUUUAUCAAGUUCCUUGCCAAAAAAAUUAAAAUGGCUAUGUACAUCCGGGUUAAGCGUAACAAGACAACUUACUUUAUCCAGUGUGAUCCAACUGAGAAAACUCUGGAGAUUAAGCAGAAAUUAAAUGUCCUUAUUGAUCAACCAGUUAAUGAUCAGCGGUUGAUCUUAGUGGGAACAGGGGAAGUGUUGGAGGAUUCAAAGUCAUUGGCAGAGCAGAAGGUGGAAAAUGAUGCUGUCGUGGCACUAACCUUAAGAAAAGAUGACAAUGAGUUUGAGGAUGUCAACAUUGUGCGGCCUGAUGAUUUUUACCAGUCUCGUGAUGCAGAUGGCACAAAUUGGUGACCUAACUUGCUAGAAAAAUGCUUGCUAAGUGCAGAUACAGUUUGCCACUUGCUUGUGGCUUUCGUAUUGUUAUAGUGCAAUGGUAUAAUUUUCAUUUUUCUGUUUUUUUGUUAUGAUUUUGGUUUUUCUAUUUUUACUUGUUUUAUAAUUGAAAACUUGUUUUGUUGCAAGUGUUAUAAAAUGCACGGACUUAUGCUUACGUUAUCCAAAA